AUGAAGAUCCAAAGGUAUUGGUACCUAAAUGGCCCAUCUGAUUAUGAAUGUUGGGCGGAUGUCCAGGGCAUCUGUGUUGACACUCAUGUUCAUCGCAUAUGCAACCGACUGGAGUGGGUUAAACACGCCAAAUCUACUCCAAGCCAUCGACUGAACACAAAUACUUCUGAAGAAACCAGAGCUUCAUUAGAACAAUGGCUUCCCAAAGAUGAAUGGAACUCGAUCAAUCCUCUACUGGUGGGCUUUGGCCAAACUGUAUGUACCCCUCUAAGACCUCACUGUACGGACUGUCUCAUCAACCAGCUUUGCCCCGCUGCUGUUAUGGAGCCUAUAAAGAGCCCAAGUAGAAGCCUUGCACAAUCGCCAUUUCCCUUGAGUCUCCCGCAUGCUUUCAGAUACUACAUCUUCGUGAAGGGCGCUCAAACGAGUUUCGAGUUCGGAAGCAACGACGUCGAGGCCCCUUGGCCCGUAAAUUUUGACACAAGGUUAGAAUUCUAGCUCUUCUAGAGUGUUAUUUCACUGAUGGCUCCAGCCCCCCAGAAGGGGCCUUCUUUGCCUUCCACCUAAGCUGCGCAAGAAAAACCCAAAGCCAAUCCCACUGAGUUGUAUCCACAAGUAAAGUACACCACCGUGAGCGAGU